AUGGUUGAUUUAAGGAACGGUGGCGGAAUAGAGAAUUCGUCAGAUAUUGAGAAUCGGAAUCCAGUUAACGGUGUUGACGAUGACGCUAGAGACGAUGGCGAUAGCGACGAUUUGUUCGUCGAUGCCAAUCAGUUUUUCGUCCACCCUGUCCAUCCGUUGCAACAGCAAAUUCCACGAAAACAAUCGCAAAGGUUGACGGAUGAAGUAGAAAAUCGUGAUUUGAAUGAUCAAGCAUAUGAACGUAAAACAAGAAACCGUAAGCGAAAGGUCAUCAGUGGUUAUAAAAUUGUUCACUGUGAAGGAUGUAACUGUAGAAAAAGACCGAAAAAUAAUUCACCAUCGAAACGCUUCGAUGAACAUCAAACUGACGACGUCUCCAGAUCAGCAGGUAAUAUUCUGAACCUCUCAUAA